AUGGUGCAGUCCCUCGCCUGGGCAGGUAUGAUGACUCUGCUGAUGGUCCAGUGGGGCUCUGCUGCAAAACUGGUCUGCUACCUCACCAACUGGUCCCAAUACCGGACAGAGGCAGCUCGAUUCUUACCCAGGGAUGUGGAUCCCAACCUGUGUACCCACGUCAUCUUUGCUUUUGCUGGAAUGAACAACCACCAGCUCAGCACUGUAGAGCAGAAUGACAAACUUCUCUACCAGGAGCUGAACGGCCUAAAGAGGAUAAACCCCAAGCUCAAGACCCUGUUAGCCCUCGGAGGCUGGAGCUUUGGUACCUAGAAGUUCACAGACAUGGUAGCCACAGCCAGCAACCGGCAGACCUUUGUCAAGUCAGCCCUAAGUUUCCUGCGCACUCACGGUUUUGAUGGCCUUGACCUUGACUGGGAGUACCCUGGAAGCCGUAAGAGCCCGGCAGUAGACAAAGAGAGAUUCACAGCCCUGAUACAGGACUUGGCCAAAGCCUUCUAGGAGGAAGCCCAGUCCUCAGGGAAGAACCGCCUCCUUCUGACUGCAGCUGUACCGAAUGAUCGAGGCCAGGUGGAUGCCGGCUAUGAGGUGGACAAGAUUGCUCUGAGCUUGGACUUCAUCAACCUCAUGGCCUAUGACUUCCACAGCUCCUGGGAAAAGACCACAGGGCAUAACAGCCCCCUCUACAAAAGGCAAGGGGAGAGUGGGAUAGCCACUGAGCAAAAUGUGGAUGCUGCUGUAAACCUCUGGCUGCAGAAGGGGACCCCUGCCAACAAACUGAUCCUUGGCAUGCCCACCUAUGGACGCUCCUUCACCUUGGCCUCCUCAUCAGACAACCAAGUUGGGGCCCCAGCCACAGGGCCUGGUGCCCCAGGUCCCUAUACUAAGGACAAAGGGAUACUGGCUUACUAUGAGGUCUGCUCCUGGAAGGAAGUACAGAGAAUCAAGGACCAGAAGGUGCCCUAUGCCUUCCAGGGCAACCAAUGGGUGGGGUUUGAUGACAUGGAAAGCUUCCGAGCCAAGGCAAAGCUGAUGGGCUCUACCCCAACCCUGGAGAAAAGUCCAGUUACUACAACUUCGGAGGAGGGCGGCUGUUCCAGCAGAGCUGUCCCCCAGGCCUGGUGUUUAGAGACUCUUGCAAAUGCUGUACCUGCUAAGUCCCUGGAAGCCCAUCUAACUCCAAUCUGA